AUGUCAAGUAUAAAUCUAAUAUCUGGUGAAGGAGAAUGUUUAUCUCGUGAGAGUUUCACCGCAUGGCUUUCCAAAUUGGGAUUUGGCAAAAAUGAUUUUAAUGUAAUCUCUGUGUUGGGAUCCCAAUCCAGUGGCAAAAGUACACUACUUAAUGCAACAUUUGGAUUAGAUUUCGACACUAUGAACACAAAAACAGGUCAUUCACAGACCACAAGGGGGAUUUGGGCUGGACUUGGUAAGUUUAAACGCGAUUUUUUAGUCUUCGAUGUUGAAGGUACAGAUUCCUUUGAACGCGGUGACUCCCAUCUAACGUUCGAACACCAGACAGCAUUAUUUUCCCUCGCCUUAGCAGAUUGCUUAUUCGUCAACAUUUGGUAUCACAGUCUAGGCAAUCGUAUUGGUUCAAAUUAUGUGUUACUGAGAACCGUGUUUGAGGCGAAUUUUGAGAUAACUGUCCCUGAUUGUGUAACUGAUAUUGUAUUUUUAAUUCGCGACUGGUGUGAAGAGUUGGCUCCGCUUGAUAUUGUACAAAAAAAGAUCAUUAACUACAUGGAUACUAUUUGGUCUGAAAUUAAGCAUCCUGAGGGUUCCACUUGGAACAAGUACUACCGUGUGAGGGUUUUUGGUUUGGCCAAUAAAAUCCUCACCAAAGAUGCAUUUGCGCUCGACUGUUGUAAAUUAUUAUCUAUGCUCGAAGACGAAAUUUGCAUCGAUGGAUACUCUAAAAACAUCCCCCCAGAUGGAUUUCCAGCCUAUGUUGUGUCUAUUUGGGACACAAUUAAACAGCAGGCUCAUCUAGAUAUUCCCACGCAACAGGAGAUGUUGGCAACAUUGCGUUGUCACGAAUUCAAGAAUUCGCUACUAAUUGAUGUAGAUAAGCAAAUUGAUGAUGCUAUAGUGUACUUGAAUUCAAAUGAAGUGACCAAUAUGGUCGCUGAUGGUAUUAAAUUCUCCACUUGGAAAGAGGAUGUCAAAUCAGAUGCUGUGAAAUCUUAUUUGGAACAGACAAUUAGAUACAAUUCUAAGAUAUCCAAUUCCAUUAAGGCAGAGUUGCUCGAUUCAAUUGAACAAAGGAUGUCGAGUGUUGAACAAGUGAUAUGCAAUAAGUGCAUACGGAAGGAAUGUGAGGAAUUUACUAGGCAAAUUGACAGUGAAUUCAAUCCUGAUUCAAAUCCCACCAGCAAUUCAUUUACCAUAGGUGGAAUUGCACCUAAGAAAGCUUGGGCUACAUUCAAUAAAACUCUGAAGAAAUAUGAAACCAAAGCGGUGGAAAAUUAUCUAGCAGAAACAUGCCAAUCAGAUCCAGAGCCUUUACUACGUCAAAUUUGGGAGAUAUCACAGCGUGUAAAAGAUGCCAAUAAGAAUUUGCUGGAACAAGUAAUAGUGCACUUUAUAAUUUCGACAUUUGAUAUUGACGAAAUAUUUUUGGGCAACUUAACCAACUUAUCUAUUACCGUUGAUGAUGCCAUAGACAAGGCAGUAAAUGAUGCUAAGGAUGAAUUCGAUGAAUGUAUUGGCCAAUUUGAGAUUGAGAUGGAUGGGAUGGGUAAACAGGCCCUAGAAUUUUUACUAAAUAGAAUAUCAUUACUAGAUAUUGUGUACAAGAGGUUCGAGAGGUUUUUCGAAAUUGACGAAAAUUUUGUGCCAAGGGAAUGGACAUCACUUUCUCAAGUGCAAACAUGUUUUAUUAAGGCUAAGGAGGAGGCGUUGGCUCUGACCAAAGCCUUAAGGAGCAAUGAAUUUUUGAAAGUUUCCGAUGUAAAGGAGAAUCAGAUAGUCAAAAGUGCACUGGAAAAGAUGCAAAUUGCGUGUAAAAGGGCGCAAUCGUCCGUUGCAAAUUCCAAAAGUGGAUGGAGGAGUGUACCAUUUGGCUUUUGGAUUUUGUUGAUAAUUCUGGGAUGGAACGAAAUAUUCGUUCUGAUAUCGCUAAUCUUCAGUCCCAAAGUUUUUUUCACCGCUAUUCUUAUCGUUAGCGUAUACUUUUCCAUUGCAUGGAGGGGAAAGUCUUUAUUUCAGGUAUAUCAGGAAUAUUCUUCCAUGGCACUCACUAUCGCCUCUUACCUAACGACAUUAGCAAGUAAGGCCACUAGCAAAUGA